AUGACAGCCAUUCAGUUUCCCACAAGAAAAAAGAGAUUAAAGAACAACGAGUCUCUGCCUUGCAAUCUUAAACUGAUUCUAAAGGAGGACAAGCUACGGAGGGUAACUCCAUCUGUUUACACCCAGGAGAUGUUACAGUCUACAGAGGAGCGUCUGGCUAACAGCAAUGAGGUGCAACCACCCCGUAUCCUGGAACUGCUUGACAUGAGCAUGACAACACAUCACAAAUUGUCAUUGGUGGAUAUGGAUCAGCCUCUCUUCCAGCCCUUCCCAUCCGAGCUUGUCUUCCAGAACUUCACUCCUACACAAACCUACAAGUUACCUCUACUUCUACUCAACAAUGACAAGGUUUCACGACAAGUGAAGGUGGAGCAGCAGGACUCAGAGUAUUUCCAUGUGGUUGGUCCAGAGGAUGCAGGGAGCAAGGUCGCACCAGGAUUGUCUGCCACCUUCACUGUUUACUUCACUCCACAGGAGAACAAGGACUACCACCACAGUCUAGUUUGUGUGACGGAGAGAGAGCGGUUUGAGGUCCCAAUCUGCGCCAUUGGGCCACGUGCCAUUCUAGACUUCCGUGAUGAGUUCCAUUUACCUGUCUGUCCAGUAAAAACUUCCACACAGAGGACUCACCUAGUCCGCAAUAUAGGAAACAGUGAGGCCAUGUUCACACUUAGCACACAGAGGCCUUUCUCAGUGACGCCCUCUGCUGGAACCCUGGAAGUAGGAGAGGGCAUGCAGGUGACAGUGGAUUUUAACCCCAUGACUAUAGGAGACCACAGCCAGGACCUACUUCUGCACUAUCAUACUGGUGAAGAUGUUUACAUUGGCUUGUAUGGGGCUUGUGAGGAGGUGAACAUCCAGCUUGACCAUGACUUUGUCCUGUUGCAAAAGACUUACGUUUCCCUGGCAAGCGUACACACAGUGUCCCUCAUCAACAGCAGUGAUAUACCUCUAAAAUACUGUUGGACAACAUGGCCCAGCCUGCAAGAGGAGGCCCUGAGCUUAUUGAGGGACAGCUCAAUGCUGAAGCAGAAGGAGGAGGAGGAGACAGAGCGAUUACUUUAUCAGUGUGAGUCCGAUCCGACAGAGAUCCAUCGCCUCCCGCUGCUGUCCAGAGCUUUGCAGGAACUCAGGAGCCAGGCUGUUAAGGACCAUCUUCUGGCCCUCUCACACAGCUGCAUAACUGUGGAAUCAGUGGAGGGUGAAAUAUGGCCCAACAUGACAGCACAGUUCAGCAUUGUCUUCAAGCCAGAGGAGGCCAAAGUGUACCAACAAACCAUUUAUUGUGAUGUCGCAGGCCGUGAAUCUCGUCUACCUCUUACCAUAAAGGGUGAGGGCUUGGGACCUAAACUCCAGCUCAACUAUGACCUAAUGGACAUGAAAAACGUUUUCAUUGGUGACAAAGACAAUUAUGAGGUGCUGGUGUCUAACACAGGACUGACUGAUGCACCUUUCCAUUUCUCGAGCUCCGACACCACUUUUGGACGCUGUUUCUCCUUCAGCCCUGAGGAAGGUGUUGUUCCCUCUGGGGCCAGCCAGAUUGUGAUGGUGACCUUCCACAGUCGAGUCUUGGGAACUUUUUCUGAAGACUUGCUGCUAACUGUCACAGGACAGCCUCAGCCACUUACCUUGACCUUCAGGGGUUGCGUCAUCGGUCCAACAUUCCAUUUCAACAUUUCAGAGUUCAAUUUUGGAGAUGUAGCCUUUGGUUUCCCACAAACAUUGAUUUGUACCCUCUUCAACACCUCCUUUGUGCCCAUGACCUUUGCCCUGCGUGUCCCCGGAGAUGGAUCGGGGUUUCACAGCAUGACUUGUUCCAAUUGGCAGGGCAGCAACACUAGAGACCUGCGUGCAAAUCCUGCAGAGUUCACCAUCAGCCCUGCAGCAGGGUCUGUGCGUGCUAUGUCAGAUGUCACCAUUAAGUUGAUGCUGUGCUCCAACACAGUCAAGAGAUACAGGCUGGCACUGGUGGUUGAUGUUGAGGGUGUCGGUGAGGAGAUCAUGACUGUGCCCAUUAAUGCCAGAUGUGUUGUAUCUGAUGUUCUUGUGGAGACUCCAAAGUUGGACUUCCAAAGGUGUUUCCUUGAUCAACUCUAUGAACUGCAAGUGCAACUGACCAACACCAGCUCUCUGCCUGCAUGCUAUGGCGUGCUUGACCAGGACCAUGAAGAGAGUCCAUCAGUGGUUUUUGGUAGUUCUACACCCAGAGGUGUUAUUCUUCCUUAUCGCUCAGAGGAGGUUCCUGUGUUCCUGCUGGCUAAGGCUGUUGGAAGACUGCAUCACACUCUACGCAUUGCAGUGUUUGGCAGCAUCCAGCCUCCACUGGUAGUGCCCUUGUCAUGUAUUGGGCAGGGACCGAUAGUUCAUGUUCAGAACCCUCAGUUGAAUUUCGGAACAAUCCCUGUUCUGACAGACAUUACCAGAGCCCUGCACCUGUCAAACCAGUCACCUAUUCCAGCCCACUUUACAGCACGAGUGUUCCAUAAAAAGCCCCUUUGGCGGGUUGAGCCCAGCAAGGGGGUAGUGCCACCAGAAAGCCAGCUGGAGCUUAAGGUAGUGGCUCACCUGAAGGACACUCUUUUUUUCCAGGCCAGGCUGGAAGUAUCCAUCCAGGACAGUCAAACACACACUAUCCCUCUGACUGCCACAGGCACUGGCACUACAAUUGUUAGUGACAGGCCUUUUGCUCCCAGCCUUGAGCUAGGCACAUAUUUAAGCCAUGAGACAUGCCAAUACCACUUCAAACUGACCAACCAUGGCCAGCGAGGACACCGGCUUUAUUGGAGUAUUGAAGGCUUCCUGCCUUCCACAAAAACUCGCAAGGGGGCUAACUUGUCUGGCCAAACCAGGCUGCCCCCUAUCUCUGCUCCCAGAAAGAAGGACACUCUGGAUCGGGCGUCUUUGCUUCCUAGCAGAGAGCUCUCUGUGUUCAGCCUCAGUCCUGACCGAGUGGAGCUUCUCCCAGGAUGCUCUGUGGACAUGAUGCUGACAGGAUCUUCAGACUCCCCCAAGGAUGUAAGGGAGCGUUUGGUGUGCCGUGGCAUUGUGGGUCACCAGGGCUGUAAAGAGCACAUCAUGUCUGUAGAUGUUACCUGUCGCUUUGUGGCUCCUAUGCUCAGCUUUUCUUCCAAGCAGCUGAACUUCUACAUAGAGAAGGUCCCUGGAGAGAAUCUGAUGCCCCUGUAUGAGAAGCUGAUCUUGAAGAAUGUGUCCUCUCUGUCUCUAUCUAUCGAGCUCUCAACUGUAGAGCCGUUCUCUCUGUGUGAGGUCCAAGGAGCCCACAGCUCAGUGACUACUAAGUCCUUGGCCUUAGGUGAUGGAGGGCAGGCUGAGCUGUGGAUAAGCUUUAAUCCAGUUUACUGUCGUGAUCGGGUGUCACGAGUCGUGGAUCAGUUCCUUGAGGUACACUACCAGGGACACCCUCAGCAAGACAUGGUGGAGCUGCAUGCUGAGGUCCACUUUCCCAACCUCCACUUCCCCUCCACAACAGUGGAUUUUGGCUGUGUGCUUAACUGCACAGAGACUCAGAGAGUAUUCUCAAUCACCAACUGCUCCCCACUGCCUGUGUCCUACCAGUGGGCUUUCCUGGAAGACCACAAGCACGGCACCAUCAGCCCCAGUCCUGAUGCAAAUGAACCGAGCAGCGCAGAGAGAACACCACGUGUGGAAGAGGUGUUUGAUGUCUUACCAAUAUAUGGUCAUCUGCAACCUGGGGACGAGCAGCUGGUUACAUUCUCUUUCUAUGGCCACAAAAAUGUCAGCAGAGAGUUGAUAGCACAGUGCCAUGUAGAGGAGGGGCCUACAUAUGAAAUCACACUCAGAGGAGAAGCAUCAGUAAUCAGCUACAGCCUCGACACUACCCACGUUGACUUUGGUCUGCUGCUUUUCGAUCAUGUAGGGGAGGCUGAGGUUACCCUAAGAAAUACUGGCAAGAUUGGCUUCAAGUUCAGCAUCAUUGACCUUCAAAGGGAGGAUGAGGAGGAGGCAGAUAAAGAGGCAGAGGGAUGGAUGAAGGCCCUGGAAGAGGUUGAGCAGCAGCAAGAUGCACAGAAACAAAAAGACAAUGAGGAAAAUGAGACAGGACAGGAGGUCAGGCCCGGCCAGCCAAUGGUCAUCCCCAACAUGGGUUACAUUGAUGCUGAUGCAGAGCAAUGCUUGCGUGUUCUCUACCUCCCGGGAGUUCCUGAGGUGUUUGAGAAGCGGCUUCAGCUGCAGGUGGCUUUCCUGCCACCACAGGAGAUCACUCUUACUGGAGAGGGAGUGUUUCCAAGGAUCAGCCUCAACUUGCCACAGAAUCUUUCAGAGGAGUGCUACGGUGAUGUGGUGCAGCAGGCCAGAGCAGCUGUGGAGGCAUAUAGAAUCAGAGAGGAGGGUAUGAACGGCCAUACCACUGAUGGAGGAGAAGCAACUACAGAGGACUCUGGCACUCUCACCGUCAGUGACUUAACCCAGUAUGAAGAGCUGCUUCACAUGGAGGUCGAGAAAGCACUGGUCAAACAGAAUGCUCUCACUGUGACUGAUAGCCUGCUGGAGCUCGGUGACUCACAGUGCUCCCCCAGAAAGUGGCAAAAACUCAGCAAGUUUGUGCUCCCAGAGUACGUCUUGGAUUUUGGUUUUGUAAUUCCAGGCAAAGUACUCAGUCACACUGUUCAUAUCACAAACACUGGGUCUGUCCCAGUGUCCUUCCAAGCCAACCUUAAAUGUCUAGCUGCCACAGGUUUCAGUGCAGACUUUGAAAGAGUGAAAAACCUGCCCUGCAGAGAGACAAACUCUUUCACAGUUAAAUUUGACCCCAAUGGAGCCAACCUGAAGAUGGGGGACACAAGUGUUGUCAUGCCAAUACAGGUUGCAGGCGGUCCAAUGGUUCAGGUGCGGCUGUGUGCAGCAGUGACUUUGCCCGCAAUCGCUGCUUCAACAGAUACUCUACAGUUUGACACUUUGCAGUGUGGCAUGUGUCAGAUGAAGACAAUACAGCUGUCCAAUAAUGAGGCUGUGCCCUGCCACUGGAGCAUCACUGAGGAGGUGAAACCUUUCAAAAAGGUUGAUAAGUUUCUUCCACUCUACCAGCGCAAAAAAGCUUCGCAGGAGCAGCGACCACCGCCAGUGGUGUUUGAGAUGUUUCCAAGCUCGGGCAUACUGUCUCCUGGUGAACGUGUCAAUGUCCAGAUAAAGUUCAGCCCUGUUGAGGAGCAUUCCUACAACAGACAGCUUGUUGUCCAUGUGGCUAACAGCAACCAGCAGUUGUUCAUCAAAGCCUAUGGGCAGGCUGAGGAACCACAACUUGAGUUCUGCCCGUCAGUGCUGGAGCUGGAGCCUUGUCUGCCUCUCAGCACUGAAUCUGAAGCUGAGGUUAUAGUCAGAAACCCCUGCUCUUUUCCCAUUGAGUUCUACUCCCUGGAACUUGACAAUCAGUAUCUUGAGGAAGAAAAGAUCCUACGUCUGAUGCAGGGUUAUGAUGAGAACAACACAUUACUGCUUCCCCCCAGGGCCCCUGGUGAAAGUCUCCCUAAAGAGUUGCUCGACUACUACAAGGAGUACGGUUCCCAACUGAAAGAUGACGUCAUUUCAGAGAUUACAAGAGAGGGAAGCAGUGGGAGACUGGGGCAGCUUGAGAUGACACCUGUUUCCAGAGCAAUUGCUCGCCACAUGUGCAUUGACCUUUCAGCAGAGGGUCUGGCAGCACACAACCGCAGAGGCAUUGCUAUUAUUGUGUAUGGAGCCCCACUGACAGGUAAAAGCAGGACAGCUGCUUCUCUGGCACGGCACUACGGAGGGACGUGUCUGAGUGUUGAUGCUGUGGUGAGACAAGCUCUGAUGAAUGGUACCUCUCCUGUUAGCCUGACUGCAAGACAGCUUUAUGACUGUGCUGCUGCCGAGUACGCUGAGAAGGUUGAGGAGGCUGCUUCACAUGAUGCCGUAAAAGAUCCUAAAAAACCUGGUGAUGACAGCUGCAAUGACGCUCAGGCUCUUCAGGAGGCUGCAGUCUCAAGCUUCACCCUCUGCUUGGGAGGAGAUAUGACAACACUUAGUAGUCUUUUGCCUGAACAGCUACUGGCAGAUAUCCUGGCGGAAAGAUUUCAGCUAAGUGAUUGUUACCGUGGCAUAGUGAUCGACGGCCUACACUCUGUGUACACUCAAUCAGCAGCAACCACAUUACAAGUUGUUCUCAAGGCCCUGGAUAACCGUAAACACAUCUAUGCAGUCAACUUGUGUGACUCCUAUGCUGCUCUGAAAGCACGUGAGAGGGCACAGAGAGAAACCGAGGAGGCUCUGCAGAGAGAGAGAAGUUACAGAGAGGAGCAGUGGCUCAAGGAGCUUGAUGAAGAGGAAUACGAUGCUCUGUCUGAGAAGGAAAAAGAGCUCAUUGACCUUCAACAAAUACAGAAGUUAAAACAGCCCAAACUAAGGGAGCUAAAGCGAAUAGAGAAAGAGAAGGAAGAAAAGAGGCUGCAAGAGGAGAUGCAGAGGUUGAAAGAAGAAGAGCUGAAGAAGAAAAACAAAAAGUGUGGAAAGAAGGAUAGGAAAGAAGUGUCUCGGAAGAAGAGCUUGCUGGAGGGAAGGAAGUCCUGUGUGGAUGAGCUACAGACUCUGUUUAGUCUGUACGAGCAGAGCCAGGAACAGGUGGAGUACACCCUGCAGCACUGGGAUCGAGUUCAGGGCUGGUUACUGGUCCCAGAGACAGAUGAGACUGUUCCAGAAAAACAUACCCCUGUCUCUAAGAGGAGCAAGAAAGCCAAUAGUAAGGCUUUAUCUCCCAUGCCAUCACCAACUGAAGCAGACAAGACUGGAGACAGUGUGUCGGCACAGGACUUCAUCCCUCACAUUGUGCUAAAUGUAACAGGGAAAGACUAUCCAGGUGCUACAGAGCUGCUUAAUGGCAGAAUCCUGCCUCCACUAGUUGAGGUGUUAGAUGAUUUAGGGUUGGGACCCAGUGGGCCACCCAUCCCUCCUUCCACCACCUUGUCGAUAGUUCCAUUCCCCAAAAACAGGAAGCAGUCAAACAGUCAACUCAUCUGUGACUGUUUCACCUUCCUUGCUACCUCUGGGUUGGAUGAACAGGGUGAGGAGGAGAAGGAUUCAGAGGAUGAUGUACAGGUUGUAAAGGAGGAGACAUCUGUUAAAGGCCGCGGCAAGGGCAGCAAUAAGGAGAGUGCAUUAACCAAGGACAGGGAUAAAAAAGGAAGAGAGAGUCAGAAGAGCAAGAGACGGCCUUCAGCCAAGACAAAGGGGAAACCCUUACGCUCCCCUCAGCUGCAAGUCUCCCCUAGAUCUAGCAGCACUGGACAGGAUCAACUACAAGGGAACUUGGAGCUUAAACGCAGCCAGAGCCUGACAACAUUUCGCUGGGUUGUACCUGCCAACGGUACAGUGGUUCUGAAGAUCUGGUUCUACCCAGAGUCCCAAGGAAAAUAUGAGCAGAUCUUCAACUUUGAGCUUCUCGGGACCCAGAGAAACUACCAGCUGCUCUGCAGAGGACUGUGCACCUAUCCCUCCAUCUGCAAAGAUUACAAGACUCUUUUUGCUCUCACUAAGAAGGUGCAACAGAUGGAAGAAGGGCUCCAGAAGUCAUAUGUCAUAAAACCUGGAUACUUUGAGUUUGGACCUUUGCUAUGUGGCAAGACCAGAGACAGAUACAAAGAAAAUCGGUAUCCAGAAAACAAAGAGAGACUUUUGAUUUAUAACAACUCAGGUACAGAGGCUGAAGUCGUGUUCAGUUUCCAGCAUGAUACCCAAGCCACCACGUAUUUGCUCGACCCCCCAACCAUGACUCUCAAACCUGAUCAGAAAAAGGAGUUGACCAUGUGGGCCUACCCAACAAAAGUUGGACAAAUAAAGGACAGCCUAGUGUGCAGCAUCAAAGACAAUCCAGAGCCUGUCAUCAUAAACCUCUCCUGCUUAGGUGUUAGGCCAGAGCUGGAGCUGGAGUGCAAGCAAUUUCACUUUGACAGGAUUUUGCCCCACAGGCGGGACAGCCGUAGUUUAAUAAUGCAUAAUAAGUCUGCUCUGCCUGUAUCCUGGAAACUGCAGGGAGUUGAGGAGUUGAGGGAUGAGUUCGCUGUGCCACAGGAUCAGGGUGUCAUCUCACCUAACUCCUCCUUCUCCCUGAGCUUGCACUUCAGGGCUCAGAAGCCUGUCUUGAUUAAGAAGAUCUUACGUCUAGAGGUAUCUGAUGUGGAGAAGAUUGUAGGAAUCCUACAAACUGAAAAUAUACAGGUCUCUGCUGAAGCCUAUAAUAUAACUCUGGACAUCUCACCAGAUGGCUGCUUAAACUUUGGAACAAUCAAAGUCUUUGACGAGGCCAAACUGACUCUAAGGUUGAAAAACAAAGGAAAAUAUGAAAUAGCCUACAAGUUUACGUGUCAGCGGACUGACCCGGCCCAGCCGAACCUAGACUCCAUGUUUACGGUGUCCCCUCAGAGUGGAUCUCUAAUGCCCCACCAGAAGCCAACAACAGUGCAGAUCACCUGCAGGCCUACUACAGAACUCUUACUGAAAGAUGAACCUGUCCUGCCUUGUGAGGUGAUCGAACCAAACAUUGGUAAGGUCGGAGAAACCAUAACCAUCUUAGCCAUCAAGGUUUCUGUCCAGGCUCUCUUCUGCAGGUACAAGAUCACACCUGCGUGUGACAUGAACUUUGGUCCACUGGUCCAAGGCUGCAAAAAAAGCCAGUUUCUUACUAUUGAGAACACUGGAGUCUUUGAGACCCAUUACACCAUCUCUCGCAUGACUAUGGAGCCUGCUCCACCAGGAAAGCCAGGUGAAAGGGGUCCAGGUAAAAAGAUGCUUCAAGAGAACCAUUCAGGGAGGCCCGCUGGUGCCAGUUGCAGAGACAUGAGUCGUACUCAGUCUUCCCAGAAUCGCCCCACCAUAGGCGCGUUCUCAGUGUCUCCGUGCACCGGAACACUGCAGCCUGGGUCUCAGCAGGUGGUGAUUGUGGACUGUCCUGCUGAUCAGCUGGGUAACUGGAGCCAGUUUCUGUACAUUGACAUCAGUGACCGUGACCCCUCAGACCAGCCUGAGGGCAUACAGUACAGACUGAUGGCAGAAGUCUGCAAGCCAGGCAUUGCUUUAGAUACAGCGUCUAUCUUUGAAGAACACCAUCUGUGUUCCAACAGCAGUCAGCUCUCCUCUGAGCAGUUCUCUAAUGCUGAAGGUAUUUAUGUCCGAGAUGAGAACAAAUUCUUUUUCAACAAUGUCCUGGUUGGGCGAACUGGUAAGGCCUGCUUCAAACUCACCAACAACAGCAAGGUGCCCUGUAUGCUCAACUUGGCCAUCCGGUAUGUUUCUGCAAAGGUAAAUCCCCGUACCAUGAAGUGUUUUGAUUUGUCUGCUACAACACUGAGCAUUCCCAGCCAGUCACACUUGUUCGCCGAGGUCACCUUUACACCACAGACGAUGCAGCUCUACAGUGCUGUCUUUGAGGCUACUAUAGAGGGAAUCAGCAGAAUGACACCGACAUUCAAGAGCAAGGUGCUGGAAUUUGACCUAAUGGGAGAGGGAAAUCUCCCCAGUAUGUGUGUGGUACGCCCAGCUCUGAGGAACAACCAAGGAAGCCCAAUGCUGCACUUCAGGAGGGUACUUGCAGGACGAAUACUUACCCUUCCUCUGGUGUUGCUAAAUGAUGGAAAUGUUCCAGCUAAGAUCCUGGUGGACAUGCUGGAUAAACAUCAAGUGUUCACCCUCAGACCUGCACCUGGCAACACUCAAAGCUCUGUUCACUCCACAAUGAUCGAGGGCUCCACACAUUCAGAGAAUCAGUUGGUGCACAGAGCCAGCCUGAGGCUGAAGGUUAACGAGCGUGCAGAGUUUGAUGUCAGUUUUUGCUCUGACAAGACCCUGAGUGUCAAGGCCAAGAUGUCACUGCAGGUGGAGGACAACCAGUACAGCAACAUCAUAAUAACAGUGACAGGAGAGGCUUACCAGGAAAUUGUCUCACUUGACAACAUCAGCAGGCCAAUCCAGGAGACAGAUCAGGAAGAUGAGGCGGGAGGUUAUUAUGAGGAGCUGAAUCUUGGUGACUGUCAUGUAGGCACUCCCCACCAAGAGAGUUUCACCAUGACCAACCACAGCAGCAGCAAGGUUGUGAGGUUUGAGUGGCCCCCUGCUGGACCCCAUGUCUUCUUUUCACCACAGGUGGGUCACCUUCAUGCUGGUUGCUCUAAGGAAGUGACUGUCACGUUUAGCUCCAAUCAGCCGGUAACUUUGACCAGCCAACCAAUGAAAUGCAAGCUUUGUCAGAUUGAGUUCCAGCAGCCUUUAGAGCAGGUGGCUGACUGGGACGACCGGCAGAGGACAGUGAAGUGGCUGAAUUCGACCAGGCAAGAAACACCACAGCAGCCUGUUAAAAACAAGGUGAUUAAGACAGAUCCUGAGCCCUGCUACGUCGUGGUUGACGGCUCUCAGUGGGAGAUGGAAUUGCGUAUCACUGCAGUUUGUGACUAUGUGAAGUUCAGCUGCAAAAUUGACACUAUUGAUUUCAAAGAUACCAUGCUGUACCAAACCAGGCUACACCAACUGCCAAUAGUGAAUCGAGGCGCUGUCAAGCUGGACUUGACCUGGAAAGUCCUCAUGGAUCCUAGAAACAGUGGGGACCAAGGAGAUGGGAACCUCACCUCUCGACAAGGGAGUAGGUCAGUGGGAGUGGUAAGUGGAGCCCGUCCCUCCAGCGCUCUGGCCAGUGUGAUGUCUCUGAUGAUAGGGAAUCCUGAGCUUUCCCCCAUCAGUAUUGAACCCAGAAUAGGGGCCAUACCGCCUGGUGCUACGGAACAUUUCAGCAUUCGCUUUUCACCUCUGGAGGUGGCUCAAUUUCAGGGCAGCCUGAUUUGCAGUAUUCCCAACUUGCAGGAAAGUGAUCAGGCUCUCUGUAUCUCGGUGAGUGGCCGCAGCCUGUUUCCCCACUACCACUUUGACUUGGAGGAUUCCAACUACAUCAACUACCGCCACCCUGAAUUAAGGGCCCAUCUAGAACCUAACACCAGGGUCAUAGAGAUUAAUGCGGUUGGCUUCUCUGCCCCAUCAAUAAGAUGUUUUAACGUGGUGAACCCAACCAGUAAGCCUUACUCUUUCAAGUGGAGGUGUGAAGACACAGGUGACAGCCCAUUUUGCUGCCUCACCCCAUAUGGAACCAUCAUGCCUGGGAAGAAAGUGGAAAUGCGUUUUGAAUAUGUAGCUGAGCAACUGGACGUGGUGGAGUCAUUCUGGAGCUUUCUGAUUGAGACUCUGUCGUUGUCUGUCCCCUUCCUGUGUGUUGGCACUGCCAGAGAACCAGUUGUCUAUCUCAACAGACCUCACAUUGACUUUGGAGAAGUCCUUGUUGGUCGCGAAAUGGAACAGACAGUUGAUCUUGUGAAUGGAGAGGAUGAAUCUUUCCACUUCUCUGUCCUGCAGUCAUCUCUCAUCAGUGACGAUCAGGAGUCCACCCUCAUUUUGAAGCCCAUGACUGGAACAUUGGAACCCAAAGACAGGUUGCCUUUGUCAGUAUCCUUCACACCUUGCUGGGAUGGCUGUGUGAGCUUCAGAUUGGUUCUGAGGGCAAAGAGGAAGUCAGAGCCACUCACGUUGACAGUAAAGGCCAGUUGUUUCACCAUUUCCGUUCAAGUUGAAAAGCCAGGCGGGGGUCUCAGAGAGAUCAAACCUAACCAACAAGAAUCUCUGGACUUUGGAGAGGUGGAGAUUUUGGAGCAAUCAUUUGUUAAUCUGAUGGUGUCCCAUCUGGCAAAAUUCAGUCUGGGGAUGAACUUUGACCUUACUGGUCCCAGCGAACUGCUUCAGCACUUGGAGGCAAAACCACAACAUGCUACUCUUGAGUUUGGAAAAAGGCUACAGUCUUCACUCUUUUUCAGCCCCCAGAGCAUUUGUAACCUUGAGGACGUCAGACUGAGUGUAAAGGUAAAGCAUGGACCAACAUUUAUCUUCAACAUAAAAGGCAGGGCUGUAGCACCCAGCCUUCAAUUUUCCUUCAACAAGUACAACUUUGGCAAGUGCUUUCUGUACAGUCCUGACACAGUGCCAGCCUCACAAACUCUAGUGAUAAGCAACAAAGGCGAAAGGGACAUCAGUAUCCAGUGCAAGUACAAGAAUACCUCUUACCUGGAGAUUGACUUCAAACAAGAUAUUUUGUCCCCUGGUGCUGUGAUGGACAUACCAGUCAGGUUCUAUCCCCGUGAGGCUGUCCGUUACCAUGACAAGCUCAACUUCAUCUUAAACAGCGGUGUCACAAAACAAGUGGACAUAUUGGGGCAAGGCGUUGAGAGGAGGUUGGAGGUGGAAGAUCCCAAGCAAAGGAAAGUGAAACUAGGAUCUUUGAUGAUUGGUCAGAAGGUGAAAAAACAAGUGGUUCUGGUGAACUGCAGCGCUUUAGAUAUUUCCUUUACUCUGCUGCUCAGUACAAACACACCGUUGGACCAAAAGUAUCUGUCGUUCAGUCCUGCAGGUGAGCUUAGCCUGAAAGCCAGAGGUGGUUCAUGUAAUGUUGAGAUCCAGUUCUCACCAAACCAGCACAUACCCCCCUUCAACGCUGAGCUGCAGGCCCAGUUUCCAGGCCUGUUGCACCCCCUGCUGACCAUCCAGGGCAGCUGCAAGGUUGUGGCAGUCCAGCUGGACCAGGACCACUUAGCCUUUGGAGCUGUUGUCCAGUGCUGCCAGGCCAGGAAAAAGAUAGUUAUGAUGAACUCUGGGGACAUUGGAGCCAGAUUCCACUGGAAGACGGACAGUUUUCCUCCAGAUCUGUCCAUUGCACCAGCUAAAGGCUAUAUCUCUCCUGACAAGGAGGUCCUUUUUGAUGUGACCUUUAGCCCCGUAGAACUGAGUAAUGACACAAGAUAUGAGAACGUGUCCUGCUGUGUGGAGGGCUUCUCCUCUCCUGUUACCCUUACUGUGACAGGAUCUUGCAUCGUAGCUUCCACCAGCAAAGAGGUGGUGAAUUUUGUUUGCCCAGUGCGUGGCUCUCACACACUGACUCUUCCAGUGUUCAACCCCACAAGCCAUCACUGCAGCAUCAGGCCCGUCAUUGAGGGUGAACAGUGGACUGCUAAGCCCUCUGUGACCAUGGAACCUUUCCAAAACAAGACCUGCAAGAUCACCUACAAACCACUGACCAUGACUGCUGAUAAAAAUAAACACUUGGGCUCAGUCUUUUUCACCUUCCCUGAUGGGAGCGGUAUGCUGUACACCCUACAGGGAACUGCUGAGCCUCCCAAGGCAGAGGACACCUUUCUGCAUGAACUGCCAGCCAAGACUCACCACACACUGAUGCUCCCAGUACACAACUGGCUCUCCAAGCAACAGCGGUUUCGUGUGCUGAUGGAGAUUCUGAAACCUGACAAGACAGAUGCCACAAUGUCCCUCAAGGGUCUUGAAUACAUUGAUGUCCCUGCCUUGACCAAACGGGACUACAAAAUGUCUUUCUUUGCUUACAAAGAGGGGCAGUUCAACACCAAGGUGACAUUUAGUAACGUGACCUCCGGUGAGUAUUUGUUUUACCUUGUAACAUACAAGGUUACAUCUCCAGGAGUUUUGUCUGAAAUAAAGCUGGAGACAGCGGUCCGUCGGACAGCCUUGGCCACUGUGGAGGUGGAGAACCCCCUGACCACAGCUACCUGCCUCAGCACUGAGUGUAACUGUUCCGACAUCAGUGCUCCAACCCAGCACACAGUGCCAGGACAGUCCAAGAGUUCUCUGAGCUUUGAGUACAAGCCCCUGCGUGCAGGCAGGUCUACAGCCCGGCUGACUCUCAGUAGUAAUGAUCUGGGCUACUUUCACUACGAUCUGGUCCUCAAAGCUCUGCCCCCUCCACCUGAGAAAACUGUCCAUUUCAACACUUCUCUGGGCAGCAGCCACUCUGUUCCCAUUAAAUUCAUCAACUACUCUCACUUCAAAACUGAGUACUCAUGCAAGACUGAUUGCCCGGACUUCAUAGUGGAAGAGAAAGUUGGUGCGUCUCCGGGUUCCCAUGCGGGGUCAGAGGCCAGCAUGGAAGUUUGUUUUGAACCGCAUCAGCUGGGAGAAGUAAGAGGCCAGCUCAGCCUGGCCUCAGGAAUUGGGGGAGAAUACAUCUUUCCCUUACAUGGGAUCUGCCACUCUCCCAAACCACAGGGCCCAUUUAGCAUCAAGGCGGGUCGCAACAUCACUAUACCCUUCAAGAAUGUGUUCCUGCAGACCACUGCUUUCUCUUUCCAGGUUGACAACCCCUGCUUCACAGUCAAAGAAGUGGACACCAUUGUCUCCAAAAAGACCUACAACAUCCUGAUCUCCUUUAGUGCCACUUCAAGAGGCUCUGCAGGGCCUUGGUUUGGCAAGCUGACCAUCUCCAGCCAGCGUUCUGAAGGCCACAGCAAGCCCUGUUCUUGGGUGUACUACCUGAGGGGCUACCGCCCAGAGUCAUCAUAGAGCGAUGUUAAUGCACACUUUACACAUGUAGUCGUCUGUGCACACACACCCAAAAGAAAAGCUCAUGCCAAAAGAGAGUUGUAGACGGCUUAUUUAUUUAUGCUUGAACCCUAACUUUGUAAGCCAUAAUAACAAACCUGGAUAUAACUACGUUGGUAGGUUAAUGAUACAUUUUUACAAGUGUGAAUAAAACUUCAAACUAUCUGAAAAUAUGCUCAGGCCUGUCAUUGCACAAAAGGGG